AAACAAACCAAAACCCACUUACUCCCUUUCUCCUGUUUAAAUUUCUCUGUGAUUUAGGAGAGGCAAAUAAUGAUUUUCUGCAAAAGCCGGAAACAAAUUAUAGCCAAAAUGGCAAAAGCAAAAUAUUUCUCCUCUAAACAUGUUGUUUUUUACUUUGUAUGUCUUGGCAGCCUAACCAUCUGAAAACACCCACCUGAAUUCUCUGCACUCAACAGAGCAGCCCAAGGAUAAACCCUCCAGUAAAUCCUAUGUGACUGAAGCUGUAGGAACCUGACUUCCCCUCUUUUCACCACCCAAAGGAGAUGGAGCUCGGAGAAAUCGUAGUGGCUGGGAGUCCUGGCGAGAGGAAUUUGUACGCAGAGCAGAAGCCACGAACCCAGGACCUGCUGGGGAAGAAUGGAAAGCAAAUCCACCGAGUCUUCAAGUAUCUCACAGGAGAAAUGAAAGAAUACGGAGAGUGGAUGAAAAAUAAGCCCCUGAUGUUUCAGCUGGUGGACUGGAUCUUGCGAGGCACCUCCCAGGUGAUGUUUGUCAACAACCCCCUCAGCGGGCUGUUCAUUUUAGUGGGGCUUUUCAUCCAGAAGCCCUGGUGGAUGCUCACGGGCUGCGCUGGAUCAGUUGUGUCAACCUUAACAGCACUCGCCCUCAGCCAAGACAGAUCAGCCAUUGCAGCAGGGCAGCACGGCUAUAACGGGAUCUUGGUGGGACUGCUCAUGGCUCUCUACUCUGACAAAGGGGACUACUACUGGUGGCUUCUUCCUCCUGUGGCACUUACAUCCAUGGCCUGUCCAGUCCUGACCAGUGCUUUGGGAUCCAUCUUCAGUAAAUGGGACCUUCCCGUUUUCACUCUGCCCUUCAAUAUUGCAGUGACUUUGUACUUGGCAGCCACAGGACACUACAACCUCUUCUUCCCUACAACCCUCAUCAAGCCUGUAGCAUCAGUGCCCAAUAUUACCUGGACUGCAAUCAAUGUGCCUCUGCUCUUGCAAUCCAUCCCAGUCGGUGUUGGGCAAGUGUAUGGCUGUGAAAACCCCUGGACUGGAGGUAUCUUCCUUGUUGCACUACUUAUCUCCUCCCCACUUAUUUGCUUGCAUGCUGCAAUUGGAUCUGCAGUUGGGAUGUUUGCAGCACUGAGCAUCGCAACACCCUUUGACAGCAUCUACCUUGGCUUACACAAUUACAACUGCGCGCUCGCAUGCAUUGCAAUUGGAGGCAUGUUCUACGCCCUGACCUGGCAGACUCACUUGCUGGCACUUGCUUGUUCAUUAUUCUGUGCCUACUCUGGAGCAGCUUUUACUAAUGCCCUAUCUGUGCUUGGACUGCCACUCUGUACCUGGCCUUUUUGCUUCUCUGCACUUCUCUUCUUGCUGAUAACUUCAGACAACCCAGCCCUCUACAAAAUCCCCCUCUGCAAAGUCACCUACCCAGAAGCCAACCGGAUCUACUACCUGAGAAUGAAGAGAAGAGCAUCAGAGAGCAGAAGAGAAGAGCAGAAACGAAAGGAGCAGAAACCUUCUGGCAGCUCAAAAAUAAGCACUGGAGACACCCCCCUGUGCACCCCUAAAAACAACCCUAAGCUCCUUGCCUUUGUGCCCUAUCCCAAUGCAGAUUCCACACUCUGCUACACUGCUGCCAAGAAGUCACAAGGUCAAAACCUCACCAUGGAAAACAGUGUUGAUGUCAAGACAGAAAAUAACAGGGAAAGAAAACCAAGAAAGCAAAGUCCCUUGAGCAAAGGUGGAAAGAGAAUCUGCAGAGCUGUUGGGUACAUCACAGGAGACAUGAAGGAAUUUGGAGCCUGGCUAAGAGACAAGCCUAUCGUGAUCCAGUUUAUCGACUGGGUGCUGCGUGGGAUAUCCCAGGUGAUGUUUGUCAAUAAUCCCCUCAGUGGGCUUAUCGUAGUAGCUGGCUUCCUGGUACAGAACCCAUGGUGGACGCUCACAGGCUGUUUAGGUACAGUGGUCUCAACCUUAACAGCACUUAUUCUGGGCCAGGACAGAGCAGCCAUAGCAGCAGGUCUGCACGGCUAUAACGGGGUCUUGGUGGGACUGCUCAUGGCAGUCUUCUCUGCUAAGGGAGACUACCACUGGUGGCUUCUACUGCCAGUAGCACUGGUGUCCAUGAUGUGCCCUGUUUUCACCAGCGCUUUAGGCUCAGUCUUCUGUAAGUGGGAUCUGCCUGUUUUCACCUUCCCUUUCAACUUGGCCUUGACCCUCUAUCUGGCUGCAUCAGGACCGUACAACCUCUUCUUCCCUACAACCAUCAUUCAGCCUGCAACAGCAACACCAAACAUCACCUGGACAGAUGCUGAAAUGUCAAUGCUACUGCAAUCCAUUCCAGUCGGGGUGGGUCAGGUUUAUGGCUGCGACAACCCCUGGACUGGGGGAAUUUUCCUGCUUGCUUUAUUUAUCUCGUCUCCACUCAUCUGUCUGCACGCAGCAAUUGGAUCAGCAGUGGGGAUGCUGGCAGCACUGAGCUUAGCAACACCUUUUAGCAAAAUCUACUCCGGCUUGUGGAGCUACAACAGCUCCCUCUCCUGUAUCGCCAUCGGAGGCAUGUUCUAUGCGUUCACCUGGCAGACACAUUUGCUGGCAAUUGCCUGUGCGCUCUUCAGUGCCUAUCUGGGAGCAACAAUGACAAACAUGUUGUCUGUGUUUGGGGUGCCAUCAGGAACCUGGUCCUUCUGCUUAUCUGCACUGACCUUCCUGUUAAUAACCACAAACCACUCUGCCAUCUACAAGCUACCACUCUCCAAAGUCACCUACCCAGAAGCCAACCGAGCAUAUUACCUGAGGGUGAAGAAACAUCAGAUGUCUUGCUGUGAUGUAUAAAGACCCAAGAAGAGAGAUACUUUGCAGAUUAUAAGGCAAGAGCACAAGGUAUUCCCCCUAUAAAGUCAAAAGACCAGAAAAACCUACCACCUUUGAAUGAAGAGACUUUUUCCAUCACAAUCUUUUGUUCUGUCCUGAUUAGAUAGAGCUGUGCUGAGUUGGAGGGACCUUUCCCAAGGCUAAUCUGUAAUGAUUUAAAAGCACAUAUGCCUGAAAAGAUGCUUGAAUUUUAGACAGUGGGGAAAUGACUUAAAAGUCAAAAAGAAAAAUCUGUUUGUGACAUACAAGUUAGAGCAAUCAAACAUAAAGCAAUAAAGAGCAGAGCAUCUCUCGGCAUCUGAUGGGACUCCUAAUCAAUGGCUAAACCCAGCUUACCACAGCAAUAGGGUACAUCUUAGGGAGCUUCAUAGUAGCAGAGAACUGGAAUAGAGAGCACAGUUUGCUAAGUAGAAAAUAGGUGAUGAAGAAAUCUGCCUGGAGGAUCUUGAGCAUGGUGGAGAAAGAUGUGAAUUAACAAUCAUCACACGCGGAAUGGACAGAGAUGAAUUGCAGACAGUGUUGCUAACACUUGCAAGACUUGUGGUAAAAUCACAAUAAUGGUGGAGAGGGGGUAGCUAUAAGCCCCAGCUUUUGGGUAUUGAAGUUUGCACUGGGUUCUAACACUUCAUGAAAAAAUUGUUUCAGACCCACACCAUUGCAGAGAAAAGUCUGUAAGCUCAAGGCCAAGAAAGGUGAUACCAGUAAAAAUAAUCUUUUUCUAUUAAAAAAAAAAGUGUCAUGAUUUUGUGCUUAUCUCAUGAUUUUCUGAAUUACCCAAACUUGGUCACAGGCUCGCAAGGGAGAGGACAGCAGCAAACCACUGCAGUUCCUUCCCUAUGCAAUGGAAGGGCCCUGUUCAGCCCAUGCAUAAGCAGAAAUAAUGAGCGUAUCCUGACCUCCCCCUACACCGUCCCACCCGGUCCAUGAAGACCAAGCAGCAAACCAGCAUCCUGUCCCAGCCUGGGGCUGCUCUGCUGCUUCCCUCUGCCCUGCCACAGGCAGGGGACAGGCUGGGGGCUGGUGGAUGCAGCAGAGCCUGCAGCAGACCAGCCCCGUGCCACCUCCACCCAGACUACGGGGUCUGCAGGUUGGGAAGGAGGAUGAGGAUUUGCACCCAACAGCGCUGGUGGCCUCACGGGGUGUUCACUUGGCCACCUCACUCAUUGAGAGACUGGUUUUGGCCAUAAGACUUUGUCAUCAUCAUCCCUUACCAGGGAUACCAACUAGAGAAUAUGGGCCUGACGUCUUCACCACGAAUACUCUCCUCCACGCUCCUUCAGUUUGUAUUAGCCUGUGUACUUUAAUGUUGUUCCUGGUCCUCUUGUGGCAGAGGAAAAAAGAAGUAGCUUGCAAAUCAUGCCACUCCUGAUUUUUGAGGUUGGGAAAAAAAAUGUACUUUUAUGAACAUGACAAAGAUUUGAGUGCAAAAUAUUAGGGAUGAAUUGUUGGCAGCAUUUUCUGAUGAAACAUUGCAUUUUCAGCUGUUUGACAGUACUGCUGUAUGACUGAUGCUCCAGAGAUUGCUUGCAAAAUGUGCCAUUUACUGUGCUUUAUUUGAUAAAUAUCUACAUAAUAUUGUGUGGAGCUUUUUGUUUGUUUGUUUUUGGAAACAAAACAGUAUCUCUUUGAGGGGGGUAUAUAUUUUCCUCUCUUUUUCAUUACUAAGCUCCUCCAAAGGGAGGUUCUCCCUUAAAUUACAUAAAUAGCUGAGAAAAAAUUGGGAAGUAAAAUUAUGAAAUCUAAGUGGGAGCGUAGAUAUUUAGGAAACCUCCAACUUCUGCUCGUUAUACUGCUUUAUACUUCGCUACGCUCCCGUAUGCUCGAAGGCAGGGCGCUGUGCUGCAACCAGGACUGGAAAGCUCCCCCAGCCCAGACCACCAGGACUCAGCCCUAGGGAGGUCACUCACACUCUAGCCUGGGGUCAGCGGAGGGCCUGUUCUGGCCAGGGGAUGCACCUCACCACUCGUCAAACCCUUCAGAAAAAGGUUAUCUUGUAGUGUCCCAGGCCACGUGUGCCCCAGGGGGGAAGGCCACUAGCACAAGGGGCUAAAGGCAAGGGCUUGGUUUCACGCUUCUGCCGAAAUCUGCACUCGGGUAAGAGGACACACUUUACAACCAGUGUAAAUCAGCAGAUUUUCUCCGUCUGGUGCUAUUUCAGCUUGCUGUUGCUCAGCAACAGAGCUGUUUUAGCAGCACUGUACAGGAACCACAAGCACAGAACAGAAAACAGCAGAAGAUGAAGGCCACGUCUCAGCCUUUGCACAUCACUGUUUUUCAUUCUGCUCUACCCAGAGAGUUCAGUCUCCCCAUCUCCCCAUCACCCCAUGCAAAGUUACAUGGUAAUUCAUCAUGUGUAGCAUUCAGAAUUUGCAUAUCGUGCUUUUGCCAUUAUCAUUUAUAGCAGUCUUUGCCAAAAAAAAAAAAAAAGCUAAUUUUUCUUAUUAUUGAAAUGUUCUGUUUAGUGGUUUGGUUUUUUUUUCUUUAAAUAAAUGCUACUCUAC